AUGUUGGCCGCCGGGCCGCCGCUCCGAGGUCGGCGUAGGCGCGCUCCCUCCCGGGGUCCAGAUUCAAAUCCCUGGGCGCCGGCUGCGGCUAAUCCGGGCGCGCUGAGGCGGGGGCAAGCCGGCGAUCCGCUUAUGCCCGGCGGCCCGGCCCCGCAGGGGCAUGGUGAGCCCGAGCCCCGCGCCCAGGGCACCGGCGCCCACCAGCAACAGCGGCGCUGCCCCACAGCAGCUCCGCGCGCUCGCUCAGCCCCGGGGCGAACGGCUUGCUCCGCGGAGACGGCGGCCUGCUUCUGCCGCCCGGAGCACUUUGCCGGCGGUUUUGAGGGGGGACACUGCCCCACAGCCGGCGGGCCGCGUGGCCCCCUCCUCUCCUCCCCCUCGGGCCGCCGCCGCCGCGGUUGCUGCAAAAGGGCGCUCGCACGCACCGCCGAGCUCCCGGGAAAGCGCCCGGCACGCGUUUGCAGGACCGAGCGAUCCGCGGAGCGGGGCGCCUCCCUUCCUCCCCACCGGGCAGCAGCGCUCAGCCGCGCGGCGCCGCCUCCCAAGGUGUUUUCGCUGCGCCCGCCCCCGGGGACGAUCCUCGGCCCACGACAGCUCCGGCGGACGCAGCCGCCCCGCAUCUCGCGCCCCAGGACACUGUUCUCUUUUUGCGGGGGAGGUGAGGCGUGCCUCGGGCGGAUCUGGACCUCGCAGAAAGCGUUCGGGGACGCUCGGCUGCAAAUCGUAGAGAGCAGAGUGCCACGCUGUCUUUUUGGUCCCCACGUGGGUAAGUUGGUGAUGGCGGCGCUGGCUGUGUCGGAGGCGGCGGAGCCCAGCGGCCGAAGCGGCCCUGGCAGAGGUCGAGUUCCUCGGGGCCGCUUGGCCAAUCAGAUCCCGCCUGAGAUUCUGAACAACCCCCAGCUGCAAGCAGCCAUCCAGGUACUGCCUUCUAACUACAACUUUGAGAUCCCCAAGACCAUCUGGAGGAUCCAGCAGGCCCAGGCCAAGAAGGUGGCCUUGCAAAUGCCCGAAGGCCUCCUCCUUUUCGCCUGCACCGUUGUGGAUAUCUUGGAAAGGUUCACAGAGGCCGAAGUGAUGGUGAUGGGUGACGUGACCUAUGGGGCUUGCUGUGUGGAUGACUUUACUGCGAGAGCCCUGGGAGCGGACUUCCUGGUGCACUAUGGCCACAGCUGCCUGGUUCCCAUGGACACCUCAGCCCAAGACUUCCGGGUGCUGUAUGUGUUUGUGGACAUCCGGAUAGAUACCACCCACCUGCUGGACUCUAUCCGCCUCACCUUUCCCCCAGCCAGUGCCCUUGCCCUGGUCAGCACCAUUCAGUUUGUGUCAACCUUGCAGGCAGCUGCCCAGGAGCUGAAAGCUGAGUACCGUGUGAGUGUCCCACAGUGCAAGCCCCUGUCCCCUGGGGAGAUUCUGGGCUGCACAUCCCCCCGACUACCCGAAGAGGUGGAGGCUAUUGUGUAUCUUGGAGAUGGCCGCUUCCAUCUGGAGUCUGUCAUGAUUGCCAACCCCAAUGUCCCUGCUUACCGGUACGACCCAUACAGCAAAGUCCUGUCCAGAGAGCACUAUGACCACCAGCAUAUGCAGGCCACCCGCCAGGAAGCCAUAGCUACUGCCCGCUCGGCUAAAUCCUGGGGCCUCAUCCUGGGCACCUUGGGCCGCCAGGGUAGCCCCAAGAUCCUGGAGCACCUGGAAUCUCGGCUUCAGGCUUUGGGACUUCCCUUCCUGAGACUGCUGCUCUCAGAGAUCUUCCCCAGCAAGCUUAGCCUACUUCCUCAGGUGGAUGUGUGGGUGCAGGUGGCAUGUCCACGGCUCUCUAUUGACUGGGGCACAGCCUUCCCCAAGCCGCUGCUGACACCCUAUGAGGCAGCUGUGGCCCUGAGGGACAUUUCCUGGCAGCAGCCCUACCCCAUGGACUUCUACGCCGGCAGCUCCUUGGGGCCGUGGACAGUGAACCAUGGGCAGGAGCGGCCCCGCAAGACUCUGGGCCCGCCUGCCCUGGGGAAGGUGCAGGAAAGGUCCACGUGCCCCUCUCCAGCCGCGAGUUGUGAAGAUUGCAGUUGCAGAGACGAGAAGGUGGCGCCGCUCGCUCCUUGAGACGCUCCACGGGCCCAGGGCCCUGCCCUCCGGAGGAGCAGCCCCGAGGCUGGUGGUUCUCGGAGGAGGGAGCCGUUUUCUCCGC